UCUCCUUUCUUCUUUACGGGUUUUAUUUCACCUUUGAGAUCCAACAGAGAGGAAGAUGAGGGAGUCUGUUGUUCCGCUGAUCAUUGGACUGACUGUUAUUGCAGCCUGCACCAAGUGUCUCUGUAUGUCAGAUGGUUGCCAUGACGAGGUAGCCCGUCUGAGGGGGCUGGAGAAGCUGCUGCAGAGUCAGCUUCAGAAACAGGAGCUCCUCCUGCACAGACUGCAGCUGAGAACCCAACCUGGCAACAUGAACCCAGCUCUGGUGGAUCAGAUCCAGGACACACAACACACUGACUGCUCCCAGCUCUCCAGAUCCGGCUCUAACUCCAGCGGUCUGUACCAGAUCCGGCCUGGCAGCAGCAACUCUGGGGUCACAGUCUUCUGUGAUCUGGCUGGAGGAGGCGGUUGGACGGUCAUACAAAGACGACUCAAUGGAGCAGUUACAUUUAACAGGUCAUGGGCUGAGUAUAAGGAUGGUUUUGGAGACAUGAAUGCAGAAUUUUGGCUUGGAAAUGACAACUUACAUCACAUCACUACACAAGGGAAUUAUUCCCUGAGGAUCAACUUGGAAGACUUUGAUGGUAACCAACGCUACGCUGAGUACAAGGAUUUCAAAGUAGCCAAUGAAAAGGAACACUAUCGCCUCACCUUUGGAGAGUAUACAGGUACAGCCGGAGAUGCCUUUGCUGGAAACCACCGGACGGAGAUUUCAGAGUGGGCCAGUCACCAGAGCAUGAGAUUCAGCACCUACGACCAAGACAAUGACAACUACAGAGGAAACUGUGCUCAGGAAGACAAAGGAGGCUGGUGGUUCAACAAGUGUCACUCGGCCCAUCUCAAUGGUGUCUACUAUCCUAAAGGCUACUAUAGUGCUGCAACAGAUGAUGGCAUAGUUUGGUACACAUGGAGAGGUUGGUGGUACUCUCUGAAGACUAGCAUCAUGAAGAUAAGACCCAUCGACUUCAAAACCCAGUCCACUGAUGACCCCAAUAAAGUUCCUCAUGCUCCUCCUUCGUAGAUCAAACCAUCGUUUCUUUGGGCACAAACUUGGAACACAGAGCUGUUUUAGUGAGAAUUUCUUAAUAACAUAUUAAAAUAUCAAAGCAUAAUCUGUCAAAACUCUGAAACGACAGUCCUUGCAGAUUGUACAAUUACUUAUUUGCCCAAUGUACACAUAUCAAACACACUGACAGCUAUGAAAGAGUAUUACGGCCAUGCAGGAGAAAAAAUAUUUGAGAGGGGAAGAUUUAUGUUUAUUGUGCACUUCGAGAAAAAAGUCGAAAUGUCGAGAUUAAUGUUGAAAUACAAUUUCGAGAAAAAAGUCGAAAUGUCGAGAUUAAUGUUGAAAUAUAAUUUGGUGAAUAAAGUUGAAAUUUCGAGAAUAAAGUUGAAAUACAAUUUGGUGAAUAAAGUAGAAAUGUCUCCUCUGGCCCAUCCAAUCCAGUCAGCAGAGCGACUGACAGCUCUGCAGC